UCGGUGACCUCAAAAAAGUUAUCAAGACGGAAAAGGCACCAGAGUUCGACAAUUUUCCUGCAACAGGCUCAAGCUGAAGUUGCCGGCGAUCACGCCUAAGAAGAGUAUUCAUAAAGUAUGGAGUCUAGAUGAUUUUGAAAUAGGGAGACUUCUUGGCGAAGGUAGUUUCGGUCGUGUUUAUAGAGCAAUAGAAAAAACAAGUAAUAUGGUUGUUGCUAUCAAAGAAAUGUAUAUAGAAAAAAUUAUACAGGAUAAUAUGGAAGAACAACUGGGACGUGAAGUGAAGAUUCAGUCGCGUUUGAGACAUCCAAAUGUCUUACGCUUAUAUACACAUUUUUACGAUAAACAUCACGUAUUUUGGUGUUGGAAUAUGCCUUAAAUGGAGCAUUAUAUGAUCAUCUUCCAUUUACAGAACAUAAAGCAGACAAUUAUAUGUCAAAAAUAAAGAUUUCGGAUUUCGGA